CUCCUCUGGGGAUAAAUCCGUCUGGACUUCCUUUAUCUCCAACCCUGCAGCACAGGCAACAACCUUACUGCAAAGUUUCCGGACUUGCUAUUUUUCCUUGGAUGUGUUGGGUUGUUUGCUACUCUGUGACACCCCCAAAUUCAGCUUAUACUCCGACCCGACAACGAAACAAAAGUUGCUGUGCCCUUUACUCCGUUUGCCUCUCUUACCUUUAUUUAGCUCCUGGCGUGCGAUAUAUAUAUAUAUAUAUAUAAUUAUCCAGUCAGCUCAGAAGCUCCGUUUCCCUUCGAUCCUUACAAACAUUUCCAGUCACGACAUACUACUACUACCAAGAUGUGGUACGGCUACGGCUUCAGCAGCAGUGCUGCCUCUUCUCCAUCACCCUCAUCGCUCCCUCCACCACCUCCGCCACCAUCUCCCAACGACUCCCUCCUCGACAUCAGCCCCCGCAAGACAUCCUUCUCCACGUCGUCUGGACGCAACACAUCCUGCGCCUUCCCAUCCUGGCCCAAUCGAUCCUCGCUCUUCUCAGACUCCGACGAGAGCGCCAGCGCGUUCCUGUCGGACGAGGAUCUCUUCGUGGCCUCGACACCUGACUCGGUGCUCAGCAGCGACGACGACCUGUCGCUGCCGUCGAGCGCGUCGGAUCUCACCACAGAACAGCAGAUCGGCCUGAUCCAAGCGGCACGCGAGAAUGAGACGCAGGGGUUCUUCGCCCACGUUCAGGCGCACGCCCGGGCCCAGCAGGCCCUCCGGGUGGCCCAGCAGGCGAUGGCAGCGCAGGCAGGAGCCAAGCGCAAGAAGCGACGCGUCGUCACAGACAAGAAACGCCGCGCUGGCUCGGCGUCCUCGUCGUCUUCAUCCAAGGCGUCCUCCAAGGCCGUGUGAAACCGAUUAACCGCGGUAACGAUAUUAUACUCUUUCUUUUUUCAACAUUGUUUCGCCCGAUCUGGACGACGACACCUCGACUCGGAAGGUCAAAAAAAAGGAAAGCCGACGACUACUUUACUGCAUGCGUUUGCAACACACGGUAGCCUCGGUCCAUCGGCGGUGAGGCCUACAGACCAGAAAGGAAAAAAGAGCGUCACCCUCACCACCCUCUUUUUUUUUUAAUUAAACUUUCAGCGGUAGGGCUGCGAACCCUGGCUCCGCAUCCACCCGAUGGAGGGAGAAAGCU